AGUGACGUCACGUAGAGCUCAAAGGUCGGAAGAACCCGGAACAUCAACAAAGCAAACAAAGAGAGCAGGUGUUAAGUUCAUAGAUGUUUCUUUUUUUUUUUUUUACCCGGUUUAGUUCUGUGUUUAACCCGGUUUAAGUCUCCGGUACCACCGACAUGUUCUCCGUUUCCCCGCCCAGGAGCAGGCUGUUGUUAGCGGCUCUCAGCCUGCUGGUGACCCGGCUCUCCUGCUCCUCUCUGUCGGUCUCAGACAUCCCGCACAUCGCCUCCUUUUUCGGGACUAAAACCCGGUACGAGGAGGUGAACCCGCACCUGCUGCGGGACAUCUCCUCCGUGAACAGAUCCGUGUUAAAACCACCACCAACCGAGGGCUGCACCCCGGUACACCUCACCGCCGUCAUCAGGCACGGAAGCCGGUUCCCCACCGCGAAGAACAUCCGGCGGAUCCAGAGACUGAGCGAGCUGGUCCGGACCGAAGCUUCCCGAAACUCCGCGGACUGGCUGCAGGAGAUCCAGGGCCGCUGGGAGAUGUGGUACACCGAGGACAUGGACGGUCAGCUUGUGAUGAAGGGCAGGGAGGACCUGCGUCAGCUGGCUAAGCGUCUGUACGUCUUGUUCCCGUCUCUCCUGUCGGAGGAGAACUUGAGGAGGAUCAAUCUGAGGAGCAGCUCCAAACAUCGCUGUGUGAGCAGCGUGGAGGCGUUUCAGGAGGGGCUGCAGGACGCAUGGCGGCGUGGAGAGGUGCAGUACAGCCACGAGGUGGACGACGAGCUGAUGCGAUUCUUCGAGCGUUGCCGUGGUUUCGUGGAGGGCGUGGAGAACAACCGCACGGCGCUGAUCGAGGUGGAGAAGUUCAAACACGGAGACGAGAUGGACGGAGUGAGGAGGAGGCUGGCCGAGAAGCUGGGCCUCUCUCACCAUCGGCUCACACCGGAACUGGUCGAAGCUGCGUUCUUCUUGUGUUCCUACGAGCUCUCCAUCAAGUCUGUGCACUCGCCGUGGUGUUUCCUGUUUGACGAGAAGGACGCAAAGGUGUUGGAGUACAAGUCGGACCUGAAGCAGUACUGGAAGCGCUCUCACGGUCACGCCAUCAGCAGUAUGUCCAGCUGUCCCCUCUUCCACCACGUCUUCAGGACGCUCGACAAAGCCGGACGUCCCCGCAGGGCCACAGAUGAGCCGCCGGAGCCCGCCUCCAUCCUGGUGGGUCACGCCGAGACGCUCCUCCCCCUCCUAUCCCUGCUGGGACUCUACAAAGACCAGACUCCGCCCACUGCCAGCAACUACCACUCACAGCACGGAAGGAGUUUCCGCUCGAGUCUCAUCGUCCCGUACGCCGCCAACGUGCUCUUCGUCCUGUACGACUGCCAGCGAGGCCCGCGCCUGCAGCUGCUCGUCAACGAGUCGCCGGUCCGAUUCCCGGGGCUCGAGAAUGAAGACGCGCCGCUGUACCGGGACGUCAGGGCCGUAUACCGCCACCUGCUGGACGGCUGCGACUUCGAGAAGGAGUGCGAGGGGCGGAGCGUUGGCCGCGCACCGAACAUCGAACUCUGAGCGGGAAAAAAACAAAUCGACCUCUGACGCCAUAAAAGAACAGUUCAGACCGAGUGGAUCUUUACCUGGUCACCUGAGAUCACCUCUAUUGACCUCAGCGUCUAGUUUCAGACUGUGAUGAAGAUAUGACCAAUCUCUAAGCCCCGCCCCUUAGCUGUGGCUGGCCAAUCACAGUCCAGCAAUUUAAUUCAACCAGGAAAACCUUGAGAUAGGAAGUAGUGAAGGAUCCUGUGAGCAUGAAAACGGUACGUUCAAAGACGUGGUGGGUCACCUGACCCCCCCCAUGGUUCCUUCCUCGUGUGUGUUUUUCAUAUUGAAUGAUUAGUUCCAGUUUUUCUUAUCAGGUGUGCAGUGUCUACUUUUGAGUCUGCAGGAUGCUAUCUCGCUGCUGAUUGGCUGCUGACCUUCAGUGUGUUCAGAUGCAUGAUAAGACGCGUACAACCCCAACCUGGUUUCCUGUAAUCUGGUUGGUGAAUUAGUGCAGGUGUGACUGAGUUUGUAAGCGUCUUUUUUUAAAGGAGCAGGACGACUUCAAUUUAUGUUCCGGGGUCAGUUUGCUUUAAACAGUUUCUUCUUCUCAAAGUGUCAAAAUAUUCAAGAAUUUUUUAUACCACGUUUUAAAACGAUACAGUCUGUUAUUUUUAAUGAUCGAUAUCCAGAGGCGCUGCUGGUCAACAGACAGGGCAGGCAACUGCUUUGGGGCCCCAGACCAGUAGAGGGGCCCCAAAGCAGCGUCCAAAAAUAUGCACAUUUUUGCAACGGGGGUAUGGGAAACCAGCCUAACGGGUCCCAUCUGACACCACUCCCUCUUGUUUGCCCUGAGCCCAAACAGACUGAAUCAACUCAGAAUCAAAAAGUAUAAAAACAGAAAGAAUCCAGGAAAGAAAUGUAAGAAAACUCCUUCACACUGUCUACAUUUAGUAAGAGUGCAGGAGUUUUCUUGCAAUUUCUGAUAAUUAAAACAAGACAAUAAACAAUCUUUGGUUUCUAGGACUUCUAUUUUUGUUGCCGUGGAAUUUCAACACUAAUCAGUAUAAUUUGAUUUUGACUAGAAUCGUAUCUAAGUUAUAAAUUCUGAUUCUCUAUCUUAUUUGUGUUUUCAUGCCGGAUUAUUUUGUGCCAAAACUUUGCUUCUCACUGCGCUAUAGAGUUUACAAGAAACUGCUGCUUCUACACGACUCUGACGUUCUCUCCAGUUUCACCACUAGAUGUCACUGUUGUUAUUUAGCACGACUGUAGAUUAAGGUUGUAUCGUUCUCUUCUCAUUUACGAACCGUUUGAAUGUUGUUUGGUGAUUAGCUGGAUUACUCUUCGAUGUCGCUAUUAGAACGUUUAUUUUAAAGGAAGAAUGUGCGACUUUUUGAUUCAGUAGAUGUCGCCCCUUGAGCACCAGCAUGAAACCAAAACAAACUUCCUGUUAGGCCACGCCUCCUCCAUCCUGAAGCCUCCGCUCUCCUCCAGAGACACACCUCCAACCCCCCUGACCUCGUAUUCGAAAGAAGGAGUUAAGCUCAAGCGGCGGACAAAAUUGUCCUUUGCUCGAGCUGCAAUCAGCUGUGUCCUGCGUUAUUGUGUUAGCAUGCUAAUGUUAGCGUUCUUUAGUUAGCUCGUAGCUUCACAUUGUUGUGUUAGCAUGCUAAUGUUAGCGCUCUUUAGUUAGCUCGUAGCUUCACAUUUCAUGUAAACUGACACAGAAUGAGCGUGAUCUAAAAACUCUUACUAACAUCCAAAUAAUCAGUGAGUAUGUUCUUCUUCUUCUCUCUAGUUCUUGACUAAAACAGCUUUUAUACACAAGGGGAGGAGCCGGCCGUCCCGUCCAUGUAAACACGGCUCUGACAACAACACAGCCAGCGGGACUCGAGCUUCUCCCUCAUUGUAGACAGUCAGGACUCAGAGACACAUUUACACAGGACAGACUUUAUGAUUUAUUUAUGUCGCACAUUCUUCCUUUACAUUUUGUCCUCAUGAGAGUUGGUUUAUUUGUAGGUUUGAUGGAUGAAAACUUAAAGAAACUGCAUGUUUAAAAACAGAUUCUGUGACAGGGUGGAAGAUAUGAUGAUAUUAAAUACUGAGAAACACUUUUUAACUUUUAGUAACUGAAGUCAAGCUGAAUGAAACUCAGAGUCUCUGUUCUCUCUGUGUGUCAAACUGCAACCUCUUGUGUUGAAACAUGAAGCUGAUGCUGAAGUGUAACAUCCUGCAGUUCCUGGAGUGUCCACUAGAGGCUGGCUGCAGGAACACAGGAAGUCACAUACACACCCAUUCUAAAAAGCCUGUUUUUACAGCAGAGAUUAACAUGUUUACAGCCUGGUUCAAAAAACCAAAUAGGUGUGAUUAGCUCAUGUCUCGAUGGACACACACUGUACGGGGGGUGAAUGUUUUGAUGACUCAUCAGUUUUGAUUUGAUGAAGGAUAAGAGUUAUUCACAAUAAGGCGUGUAGCUGACCUGAUUGACAGGUGGGCGCGGUGUAACGGUUUGUCAGGAGGUUUAAAACCCGCCUCAGCUCCAGCUCUCAGCCUGUCGUUAGGUUGACUGAAAGUUAGACUGAGACAGCAUUUCCAGCACGGAGACCGCCAUCGAUGGGACUUCAGCGCCCCCUGCAGGAACAGACGGGGGACGCCACUCAGGCUUCAAAUUUUCAUAUUUACAGUCUAAGGUGUUUGUGUGUGGGUUUUGGUGAACUGUCCCUUUAACCUUUAGUAGAAUGUCGUGAAUCACAGUCGACACUACAGGGUUUAUUCAGACGAGAUUCUCUUCAGGGGUUUAAAGUUUUUUAUGUUCUUUAUUUAUUCUGUUUUAAUUAUAUUGGGACACAUUUGAUUCCUUUUCUACUAAUUUUGCUUCUGUAGUUUUAUUUUGUUUGUUUGUUUGUUUGUUUCGGGUCUCAGAGCUGAAGUGUGUCAUGCUGUAGUUCCUCUAAUGGCCACCAGGUGCUGCUGUGAUGAACGUUUCAGCUGCAGGGAUCGAAACAAUUAUUUUCUUUCAGGGUGUAAUUUUCUUUUUUCAAAUUUGGUGCCAAAAUAAGCUUAAAUGGCCGCUCAGCUUUGAUCACUUUUUGUGUUUAUCGGUUUCAGCUUUUCACUCUGCUUCUUCUUUUAAUGUAAUUGUUAUUGAAAAACGAUGGAGGCCAAAUGUUUUAAAUUGAAGUGCUUUAAUAAACGUUUUUCACUGAAACAGAACAAAGUGUUUUUUGUCUUCAGAGACAGCUCUCUAUAAUGUUUAAAAUUUAGACUGCAGUACCUGUUUUAAACACUAGGGGUCAGAGUUACAUACUGCUCCUUUAAAAAUCUGAUUUAUUUUUAUCAUGACAAAUAAAAAACACUAGAAAAUCAUAUUUUGUUUUUAUUACAUCAUCCAGCAGUUUUUACACCAGAACUCAACAGGAAACAAAAACUACACUGUAAAAAAAAAAGAUCCUGAUUUUAUUUAUGUUUAUCAAA